ACGCCUAUGACUUAUUCCCGAACUUCACAAUAUAAAUUCUGAUCAGUUUCGUUGCUCGCCUAAUUCAUAUUCAGAUAUUUACUUGACACUUGCAGGCCCAAUGAUGGCUGCUUCCAAUUUGCAAUUCAUUUAAUCAUUUGAACACAGUACAGAAUGUUCGUGGCUAAAUCUAUAUUGGUCGCUCUGAUGGCUUCGUUUGGUGGGUUCAUUGUUGGCGUAUCCCUGGCUUGGUCCGGGCCCAUCGGGAGCACAAAGUUCAUCCGUGCGACUUACGUGUUCCAGCCGAGUCCCAUGCACUGGGCAUUCAUAUGCUCGAUUAUCGCAGUGGGCGCCGCCAUCAUGUGCGUGCCCGUGGGCAUCAUGAUCAGCUCGUUCGGCAGGAAGCCGAUCAUGCUGGGCAUGGUGCUGCCGAGCAUCAUUGGCUGGGCCCUCGUCAUUGGCGCUGCGCACCUGAGCAUGAUGUACAUCGGCCGAUUGCUGAUUGGAAUGGGCAACGGCGGCAUCGGCGUGGCCGUCACCAUAUACAACAACGAGGUGGCCGAGCUGCACAUGCGCGGAAUGCUGAACUGCUUCUUUCACCUGAUGCUGGUCCAUGGCAUUCUGUACGCCUACAUCCUGGACUCGUGCCAGAACUUUCAGGCGUACAACUUUGCGUGCGGCCUGCUGCCACUGGUCUAUGCCUUCAUCCUCAUAUGGGUGCCCGAGUCGCCGGUGUACCUGGUCCAACGGAACAGGGACGAAAAGGCUCAGGCCAUCCUGCAGUGGCUGCGCGGCCCCAAUGCCAACAUCGAACGGGAAAUGAUGGCGAUAAAGAACAGAUACCAGCCGGAUAACUACAGCACCAAGGAGGAACUGCGCGAGAAGGCUACAAGGAGGAGCCUGAUGGCGGUGAUCGGACUGAUGCUGUUCCAGCAAUUCACGGGCAUCAACGCGUAUAUCUUUUACAUGAAGCUAAUGUUCAGGGAAGACAACUACCAGGCGUCCAUAGAGCUGUGCACAGUUAUCUUUGCCAUUGCCAAAGUGGUCGCCGCGUAUGUGAACGCAUUGGUCAUUCAGAAAAGCGAGCGCAAGCUCUGGCUCUUUGCGUCGGGCCUCGUGAUGCUGCUGGCCUCCAUUCUCAUGGCGCUGCACUUUCAAUUCCUAAGCAAUUCCGACUCCAAGUGGCUAAUAGCCUCUGCCACCCUCAUUUAUGGUGCUGGACACAGCCUGGGCGUCGGGCCGCUCGUCUGGGUCGUUAUGAUCGAGAUGUUCUCGGACCGAGCGCUGCCCAUUUGUGGUGCGAUUGUUUCGACGUGCUCGUGGAUAUUUGCGUUAGCGAUUGUUGUUGUAUUUCCAUUCGUUAUCAAAAGUAAUACUCCCGCCCUCAUCUUCGGAGUAUUCGCGAUCUUUUCUUUUGGAGGGUGUCUCUUCGCUAUCACCUGCUUACCGGAAACACACAGUAAAAGCAUGCAGAAAGUUCGGAGCUCCCAGUCAUAGGCGACAACUUCUCUCAGAGAGUAGCAGAGCAGGACUUUUGCUGAGAGGAGUCACUCUUCCAGCCAAACGGGAUGGCAGCCCCGUGUUGUCGUACUCAAUUGAUCUGGCAACACUCCACCCCCCC